AUGGCAAGUAGUUCCUCUUUCGGUUCUCUACUGUCACUUACAGGUCGUCUAGUAUCUAAAGACUUCUUGGCUCAAACUGGCGAUCCAACAGCCACUGGAACUGGUGGUGAAUGCAUCCUAUCGUAUAUUGCUGCUAAAUCAGGAGCAUCGAAUGACACUCCUCGAUACUUUGCGCCUGAUGUUGUUCCGCGCCUGAAGCAUAAAACCAAGGGCACUGUUUCGAUGGCAGUCGCUCCGGCUGCAGACGGUCAGGUUGGGGGUUGUGGCUCCCAGUUUUUUAUCACAUUGGCCGACAAUAUCACCUAUCUGGAUGGCAAGCACGCCGUGUUCGGUCACGUCGUCGAAGGCGAAGAAGUGCUGGAUAAGAUAAAUGAUGCUUUUACGGACCAGAAUGGUCGACCGUUUCAAGACAUACGAAUUCGUCAUGUCGUGAUAUUGGACGAUCCAUACCCCGAUCCACCUGGGUUAGUGAUACCAGAUGAGCCACCGUCGCGUCCACCGGACGCCGACUCGGGUGCGAUUCGUAUCGCCGACGACGAGGAUGCGCUAGCAGAGUUGCCAGAGGAAGAGGCAGAACGACUCCGCCGAAAGCGCGCAGCCGAGGCGUCUGCACUCACUUUGGAAAUGGUGGGUGACCUCCCGUUUGCCAACGUGCGACCCCCCGAAAACGUCUUGUUCGUCUGCAAGCUGAACCCUGUGACGACCGACGAGGAUUUGGAGCUCAUCUUUUCUCAACAUGGAAAGAUCAUGAGCUGCCAGAUCAUUCGUGACAAACGCACUGGAGACUCGCUGCAAUAUGCGUUCAUUGAAUUUGACAGGAGACAAGACGCCGAACAGGCGUAUUUCAAGAUGCAGAGUGUCCUGAUAGACGAUAGGCGAAUAUGGGUAGACUUUUCGCAAUCUGUCUCGCGCCUAAAUGACGGCAAGUGGGGGAACGAUGUCAAAAUGGGUCCCCGUAAGAGGCAAGGAGGUCGUGGUUUGGGAGGCCGCGACGAUUUGGAGCACACAAGGAGGUACCGAGGCGAGGAACAGCACAGAGAUGACCAGUAUAGCAUGCUAUUUGAUGAUGAAGAUCACUACCGCUCCAGCAAACGGCAAAAGCGACCCGAGCGCGACUCUCACUAUCGCCCGCGUUCUCGCUCGCGCUCGCCCAAUCGCGACCGAUCAAGCGAAUACGGACGUCGCCAUCAUAGAGAAGACAGAGAGUCUCGACGCCGUAGUCACAGUCGCGAGAGAGACCAUAAGUCCUCCUACCACCGACGGUGA